GUCCGCUGAGUUCAACACAACACAAGCACGAUGGCGGCGUCGGGAGGAGAAGCCACAGCAGAAGCAGGAAAACUGCUCUUCUCUCUGGACGUCCCGUUCCCGACAUCCCGUGAAGCGGACAUCGCUCUGCACUCUCUGUCUCCGGACCGAGAGCCGAGGAAAGGCGGCAUCAGCAAACGCCUCACAGUGUCCGGCAGCACGUUGUCCGUGAGCUGGAGCGCAGACGAAGCCCGGAUCCUCCGAGUGUCCGUGAACUCGUUUCUGGAUCAUCUGUCGCUCGUGGUGGAGACCAUGGAGAUGUUCGGGCCUCCUGUUUCCCACUGACACAUCACAAACCAACUGUCUGGGACGUUUUUGUUUGUUAUUGGAUCCAUUACUGGACUUAUCAUCAGGAUUCAUGAGCACAUUCAAACUGGGGUUUUAUAUAAAAGACAUUUGAGCAACGGGCAACUGAACUGUAAAAAUCUGUUAAAUUUUCUUAAUAAAUGGAGUACUACUAUCUGACCAGGAGGGGGCACUGCACAAUCAUGUUA